CCCGCUUGACACUACUAUUGAAAAUCAGAGUGGGUUAAGUCACACUUGUCCCAUGCUGCCUCAUAACGGUUACAGCUUUCCAUUGACAUAUAAAAACAGACUGGUGCCAUAUGUGUACAAAACGAAAAGAUACAUUUUUCAAAACUCUCCCAGACAAAGAUUCACAUAGAACCUCGAUAUCUGAAAAUUUGGACUUGGACCAUCCUGGCUUUCAAUGGCUCAUAU